CAUGGCUGCGGUUACGUUCCGGUUUGUGUCGAUCGCGCAGUAAACAUACGACACUCUCAUUGGUUUAACCUUCGAAGGCAGAGAGAUGUAAAAGAAGUGGAUUUCUGCAAGUUGUCGGGAUAAACGGACUGUACUUUAGAAGCACAAUGAGAGUUGUAAUAGGCGGAGGAUCAGGGUUUGUGGGUCGUGAGUUGACACGCUUGUUGAAAAGCAAAGGUCAUGAAAUCACACUUAUAUCCAGGCAGCCUGGCCCAGGAAAAAUAACAUGGGCUGAUGUAGAGUCAGGAGGCCUCCCGCCGUGUGAGGGUGCUGUGAAUCUAGCAGGGGAGAAUAUUAUGAAUCCUUUAAGAUGGUGGAAUGAAAGUUACAAAAAAGAUCUGGUCUCCAGCCGAGUAAACACGACCAGAAUUCUUGCCCAAGCUAUCGCUGCUUCACCUACUCCACCACAUUCAUGGGUGCUUGUUACAGGAGUAGCAUGUUAUAAACCUAGUCUUCAAACCCAGUACACUGAGGAGAGCGAAUGGACACCAUUUGACUUCCUGUCUCGUUUGGUGAAAGAGUGGGAGGCGGCAGGGCAACUACCUGAAAACAGCGCUAAGAAAACAAGACAAGUGAUCAUCAGACCAGGUGCAGUGUUAGGGCGUGACGGUGGCGCCAUGAAACAGAUGUUGAUUCCUUUCUGGCUUGGCCUGGGUGGGACGCUUGGCUCAGGACGACAGCCCUUCCCUUGGAUCCAUGUGUCAGACCUUUCUGGCAUCAUCGCCCAUGCCUUGGAGCCCAAAGAGGAGCCAUCUACAGGGCCAGAUGUAUUUAAUGGAGUUGCGCCUGCACUGAAUACCAAUUUUGAAUUCACUAAGGAAUUGGGCAGGAGUCUAAAAAGACCUACGAUCUUCCCUGUGCCUGGCUUUUUCUUGGAUGUCUUCCUCGGUUCUGAAAGAGCCGUCAUCCUCACACAAGGCCAGAAAGUGGUACCCAAGAAAACUCUUGAGUCUGGCUUUGAGUUUCAAUACCCAGAUCUUACCUCUGCUUUAAAAGAAAUUGUUGGAUAUUAGUAAAAUCAGUCAAAACAGAGAAGAGACCUGAGGAGAUUGUGAUUUUUUUUUUUUUAAGCAGACAAGUGCAAUAUAUUUCUUAUAAUAUAUCAUUUUAAAUAUAAACUGAGCAUAUAGAAAAAAAAGCUUGCUUGUACUUGCUUGAUUUAACGUAGAUACUCAGAAAAAUACAUUGUUCUCAGCUCCUUUUUCUGUACCUCUUAAGAAUUAGUCAUAUCUGUCUGUGUGUACAAAAUGAGCACCUCAUUUGUAAAUAAAUGUUUAUAUGAAAA